UAUUGCUAACCGAACAGUGUUAAAAUAUGGACGUGUUUGAUACUUUUACAAUUUUAUGCGCAUAUCAUAUAUUUAAUGAUAAUAUAAAAUGAAUUACCAUGUAUUUUAGAAAAAUCAUAAUGAAAAGUAAUGUGUCAUGAUAUAAGAGUAUUUAAGCAGAAAUAUAAUAUUUUUAGCUCAAAUAUAUAGGCAUUGCUUAUUUCGUCCCUUUUAGUAAUGGCAGAAGUGAAAGCAUUAGAGCAUCCUACUCUUAAGGUACCUUAUGAAGUUCUUAAUAAAAAGUUUAGAACCGCUCAAAAGACAAUAGAUCGAGAAGUUUCUCAUGUUCAGAAUGCUGCGUCUGAGCUAGAGAAAGGGCUGCUGAAAAAAUCACCAGUAGUUGGAGAAAUAAAUGCGUUGUUAGGAGGUGUUGUCGAGAAGUUGAAUAUUUUAAAGAGAAAAUUAGUUAGCAGUAAUUCUGAAGGUAGUGUUAGUGAGGAACUUGAAGCGGCAUCAGUCUGUAAACGUCGAUUAGAUCACUUAAAAGAACAUGGAAGUUCUUCAGAAUCUGCUGUUACCCAGUGGAAGAAAAAACGUCUUGAUCGGAUGCUUGUUGAUCAUUUUUUGCGUUGUGGAUACUAUAACACAGCUCUGAAAUUAGCCAAACAUUCUAACAUUGAAGAUUUAACGAAUAUUAAUUUAUUUCUCAUAUCGAAAGAAGUAGAAGAAUCAUUGCAAAGACACGAGACUGCAAACUGUUUAAAUUGGUGUUACGACAAUAAAUCCAAGCUCAGGAAACUUAAAAGCUCAUUGGAGUUUAAUUUACGACAGCAAGAAUUUAUUGAACUGAUCCGUCAAGAUUUGCGUAUUGAAGCCAUAAAACAUGCCCGGAAAUAUUUCUCUAAUGUGGAGGAUGACCAUUUGAAAGAAGUUCAGCAUGUUAUGGGAUUACUUGCGUUUCCUCUUUGUACCACACUGCAUCCUUAUAAAGAUUACUUUGAUGAAGCCAGGUGGGAUAAAUUGGUAUUGCAGUUUAGGCACGAUAACUUUAAGCUGUAUCAGCUCAGUAAUGUAUCUGUUUUCUCAGUCUCUCUUCAGGCUGGUUUAUCUGCUUUGAAAACUCCAAUUUGUUACAAACCAGAAGGUGAACGUAACACUGAUUGCCCUGUAUGUGGACCAGCUUUGAAUACUUUAGCCCAGUCUCUUCCUUACUCUCAUUGUUCACAGUCACGUUUGGUUUGUUACAUCUCGGGAGAGCCAUUAAAUGAACACAAUCAUCCUCUUAUGUUACCAAAUGGAUAUGUUUAUGGAGAGUUGUCGUUAAAACAAAUGGCAGCAGAAAAUAAUGGCAAAGUGACAUGCCCACGUACAAAAGAGGUGUAUGACUUUAAAGAAGCUGAAAAAAUAUUUGUCAUGUAAAUUUAAUCAUUUGCUUGUAUUGCUGCAAUAGUAUAGAACUGUUUUAGACUCUUAUUAUAUUAAAUGCAACUUUUUUUAAAAUUUUUUCCUAAUGUAGUUAAAACUGUCUUUUAUAUGUAACUGGUUUAAUUUCUAAGUAAAGAAAUUAUUAUGAAUGUAAUAUUGUUUAUAUGUAUAUAAUAAAAUUUAGAACCUAUUCCUUUUGUUCAUUUGGCUUUAUAAUUUUAUUUUUGGAAGUGUACAUUUACUGAGGAUCUGAUGGAUUUAUACAGUAGCCAAUUCAAAAUUGGAAAUGUAAUUUUUCUUUAAUAUAUAUCGAUUAAUGAUACAAAAGCUAAGCAUAAAAUAAAUUCAGCGAUUCACAUUAAGAAUAAUAUGUUGUUUAAUAACUUCCUUGAUUUAAACUGUUGAAAAUAUGAGAGUGAAUUCAUUAAUUGUAGUUUUUAAUUUUGUAUGCAUGAUUAUGUGAAAUUUUUUGAUACAAUUGUAAUACAGUAUUUUGUCAAAAAAUUUUAAUUGUAUCGUAUCUUUAAUGUUUUUCAUAUGUUGUCAUUUGAGACGUUCAUCAAUUUUCCAUGCCUUUUUCUUUUUUGUACCUAUAAUUUUAAAUAAAUAUUUGAUAUAUGAUUUGCAAAAUAUA